UCGACUCACAAGAGUGAUUUAUUCACGGACACCGCUAUCGUUUGUUAUGGCUGCGCGCUAGAAUGCGUGGCUCAUAGGGAAACUUUCUAUCGUGUUUUAUCGGAGUCUAUUUUAUUUAUUUCCGCCAUGUCAGCGGGCAUUAUGCUUAUUAACCUACAUCGACUUUUGCACCGUUCCUUCGGUGCCAGACGGCCGUUUUUAGCGAGAUUAUACCACACUCAGCGAGGAGUCUAUGGUUUCAGACCGAGGGAGAUUCCGGAGAAAGAUGCUGGGCUUCCGCAGAUCUCCGCGCUUAACCAAGAUCACGGGCUGGAGAGACUGGUGGAGGCCUAUCGAGCACAUGGACACAAAGUAGCUCAAAUUAACCCCUUACUCCCCCAAACUCCUGUGCUGGACAGUGUCCCGGAGAUCGGCCUGUUGAAUGGAGCCGUUCAUGGAGUCCUCAACACCGCUAGAUUGCGGCAUUUUGGCAAAGCCGAGGCGACCUCAGAAGAGGUGGUGGCCUAUCUGGAGAGAACAUACUGUGGGAGAAUCUCAGUGGAAACCACUCAGCUCCAGAGCUUGCAGGAAAGAGAGUGGUUUGCAGACCGAUUUGAGGAGCUCAAGAAAGAGGCGUUUUCGACAGAGGAGAGGAGACAGCUGGCUAAACUGAUGCUUGAAUCACAGGAAUUUGACCACUUUUUAGCCACCAAGUUUGCCACUGUCAAACGAUAUGGAGGUGAGGGAGCAGAGAGCAUGAUGGGAUUUUUCUACGAGCUGUUCCGCUCUUCGGCGUACAGUGGAGUGACAGACAUGGUCAUGGGAAUGCCUCACCGCGGACGUCUCAACCUGCUUACCGGACUACUGCAGUUCCCUCCAGAGCUCAUGUUCCGUAAGAUGAGGGGUCUCAGCGAGUUUCCGGAGAACUCUCCCUCUAUUGGAGACGUGCUGUCUCAUUUGACCUCCACGGUGGAGCUGGACUUUGGGGCGGGACACCCUCUCCAUGUCACUAUGCUGCCUAACCCCUCCCACCUGGAGGCCAUCAACCCCGUGACGCAAGGAAAGACUCGUGGCCGUCAGCAAGUCAAACAGGACGGCGAUUACUCCACUGACCCUCAUGCACGACCAGGAGACAAAGUCAUCUGCCUGCAGGUUCACGGCGAUGCUUCGUUUUCAGGCCAAGGCAUAGUAACCGAGAACUUCACCCUGUCAAAUCUCCCCCAUUUUAGAGUAGGUGGAAGCAUCCACCUCAUCGUGAACAAUCAAGUGGGCUACACCACUCCCUCAGAGAGGGGCCGAUCAUCUCUGUACUGUAGUGAUGUUGGUAAAAUGGUGGGAUGUGCAAUAAUCCAUGUGAAUGGCGAUGACGCUGAGGAGGUCCUCAGGGCGACCCGGCUGGCCGUGGAAUACCAGCGACGUUUCAGAAAAGACGUUAUUAUAGACCUGCUUUGUUACCGCCAGUGGGGGCACAAUGAGCUGGACGAGCCCUUUUUCACAAACCCCGCAAUGUAUACAAUUAUUCGGUCGAGAAAAAGUAUCCCUGAUUCGUAUGCCGACCAGCUCAUCGCUGAGGGUCUGAUGACAGAGGAAGAGCGUGGUCAGAUCAAGACCACCUACUACGCUAUGCUCAACGACCGGCUGAACAACAUGACCCUCUACAGCCCUCCGCCCACCAACCUCCAGGGGCGCUGGGGAGACCUGGUGGAGCCCCAGAAUAGAGUCUCGUUCUGGGACACAGGUCUAGCGCUGCCCCUGCUGCAGUUCGUAGGAGCCAAAUCAGUAGACAUACCUGAGGAGAUUCAACUGCACAGUCAUCUGAGAAAGACACACGUGCAGGCACGCCUGCAGAAACUGGAAGAGGGCACAAAAUUGGACUGGUCCACAGCAGAAGCCCUGGCGUUUGGCUCAAUGCUGUGCCAGGGAUUUAAUAUCCGUAUCAGUGGUCAGGAUGUUGGCCGGGGUACGUUCAGUCAGCGUCACACUAUGGUUGUGUGUCAGGAAACCAACGACAUGUACAUCCCCCUCAAUCACAUCAACUCUGACCAGAAAGGCCACUUGGAGGUGUGCAACAGUGCUCUUUCUGAGGAAGCUGUUCUGGGGUUUGAGUAUGGAAUGAGCAUUACUCAGCCUAGACUGCUGCCCAUCUGGGAGGCUCAGUUUGGAGAUUUCUUCAACGGUGCCCAGAUAAUAUUUGACACUUUCCUCUCUGGAGGUGAGGCGAAAUGGCUCCUGCAGAGUGGAUUGGUCAUCUUACUGCCACACGGAUACGAUGGAGCCGGACCAGAGCAUUCGUCUUGCCGAAUCGAGCGCUUCUUACAGCUCUGUGACAGUAAAGAGGAAGGUGUGGACGGUGACACGGUGAACAUGGGAGUGGUCAAUCCUACCCUACCAGCUCAGUACUUCCACCUUUUGCGGAGACAAAUGAUUAGAAACUUCAGGAAGCCGCUGAUCGUGGCCUCUCCGAAGACUCUGCUGCGCUUUUCUGGGGCAGUGUCAAGCUUGGCUGAUAUGGGACCAGGAACUUCCUUUAAGCCUGUCAUUGGUGAUACUUCUGUAAACCAUGCAAGUGUGCAGCGGAUUCUGUUUUGCUCAGGUAAACAUUACUACGCCCUGCUGAAACAUAGAGAGACGUUACCAGAGGCAGAAAAAAACACAGCGCUGAUCAGGGUGGAGGAACUGUGUCCUUUCCCCACAGAAGCCUUGCAACAGGAACUAAAUAAAUACACAAACGCCAAAGAGUUUAUCUGGAGUCAAGAGGAGCCACAGAACAUGGGCUGCUGGUCAUUUGUAUCACCCAGAUUUGAAAAACAGUUAGCCUGCAAGUUGAGAUCAGUCAGCAGACCAGCAUUACCCGCUCCUGCCGUGGGUAUCGGUACUCUCCACCAUCAGCAGCAUGAAGCCAUCCUGACCGCGUCUUUCUCCUGAAACCACACAACCAUCAACUUCAAGAAAUGAUCGUCUUAUUGUAGCAAACAAGCUAUGACUGGUACACUGACAACAAACGCCGAGCUCUGUUUGUAGACUGAGUGCUAAACAGAGGCAUAUUGCAGGUUUGACUGUUUAAUGCGUCCCUUUAUUAGGUACAAGGGAACAUCUGUUGGCUGAAGAUUUCUUACUGACAUCUAAAUCAGUUUAUCAAUACACCAUAAUUGAUAUUUCAAAGUAAUAUUUGGCACAACAUUUUUUUAUUGUAUAUAAGUAAUGUAGAAAAAGUUUUCGAAGCACUUUUAAAUGAAAUUUGAUAUACGUGCAGAGGGCGGAAGACUGAAUGGAGGCAAAGAAGAGAA